AUGAAAGAAAUCACUGAAGUGCGACUUAUAGUAGACUCUGUCAUUCAACUGUGGGGAUGCUUCCUCCUUGGGGGCACAGGCGUGGUGUCUAACGCCCUGAACAUCGCCGUGUUUUGGCGACUAGGUUUCCGAGAGACAGCCAACAUUUCCUUGAUGCUGAUCGCGGUCAUCGACUGUGUGAAGUGCAGUGUCAGUUUCCUGUAUCGUGGCUACGGCCUGGCCGGACUGUUUGACGUGGUACUGGAGGUUAACUGGACACGAGUCACCUACCUUCUUAACGCUCACGUGCAGAAUCUUGGCGUUCCGAUGGUCAGUGUUGUGACCAUGUACGUUACUGUGGAGAGGUGCGUGUGUAUGUGUUUACCCUUGAAGGUCAAGUCUAUUCUAACUACUAAGGUCACGGCCAUUUCCCUAAUUAGUCUUAUCACCUUAUCAGGGGCCACCAUCUCUCCCAUUUGUAUGAUGUAUUAUGUCACGUGGUUUUAUGACCCCAUUUUCAACCAAACAGUAGCUCAAUACAUGCCAACAGAUUACUUCAUUCGAAACAUUCACAUUGUGGACUAUAUCAAUGUCAUUUACAUGUGCUGGAACUCCACGGCCUUCGUCGUCAUAGCAAUAUGUACCGUCAUCAUUAUUGUCAAACUUCAAAAACAUGCAACGUUCCGAUCGGAACAUUUCAGCAACUCAACGCUAAAGAAUCUUUCAACCAACACUGUAGCUGUAGCUGACAAAGAAAAGUCGAUUGCACGAUGUGACAGAGAAUCGAACGUCAGUUCUUCUCAUGAAGACACGAGUAUCGAACACACAUCGGCACAUCCUCGCCAGAGCAAGAUUUUUAAAGUCAGAAGACGAUUCCAAGGUGGCCGAGGAAGCACGCUAAAGACUCGCCAGUCUGACGUCCACUUGUCCAAAAAGGAAUCACGCCUGGUCAAGAUGCUCCUGCUGAUCAUUCUCGUGUACUGCAUAAACAUCCUGCCGAGCCAGAAUUCUAUUCGACCCGUCGGUAUCAUAACGUGUAUUUAA